CGACAGUUGCUACAUUGGACGGCGACUGAUUGAGUGCUGAAGCGCUGAAGCCUGCAGCGUUGACUAAACACCAGACUAUCAUGGUCGUCGAUCCCCGCAUUAGUGAACGAGAGGCUGCUGCCAUCAACGCUGCAGCAGUUACGCGCGAAUUCCGCGUGCAGCCCCAUCUAGACUACCGCACCGUGUCCGCAAUCAAUGGACCCCUCGUGGUUUUGGACAAUGUUAAAUUCCCAUCCUACAACGAGAUCGUGUCGCUCACCCUCCCCGAUGGCUCGAAGCGAGGCGGACAGGUGCUGGAAGUGCAGGGAAAGAAGGCUAUCGUUCAAGUCUUUGAGGGUACAUCUGGCGUGGAUGUGAAGGCGACGCAUGUCGAAUUCACUGGCAGCAGCAUGAAGCUUCCGGUUGCGGAGGACAUGCUUGGCCGGAUUUUCAACGGUUCCGGAAACCCUAUCGAUCAGGGUCCCAAGGUCUUUGCUGAGGAUUAUUUGGACAUUAACGGCUCGCCCAUCAAUCCUUACUCUCGCAUUUACCCUGAGGAGAUGAUUCAGACUGGUAUCUCAACCAUUGACACGAUGAACUCCAUUGCGCGUGGCCAGAAGAUUCCCAUUUUCUCUGCAGCAGGUCUGCCUCAUAACGAGAUAGCUGCCCAGAUCGUGCGUCAAGCUGGCUUGGUCAAGGGUCCGACGAAGGGCGUACAUGACGGACAUGAAGACAAUUUCUCGGUCGUUUUUGCUGCCAUGGGUGUCAACAUGGAGACCGCGCGUUUCUUCAAGGAAGACUUCGAGUCUAACGGCAGUCUCGAUCGUGUGACUCUGUUCCUUAACCUUGCAAACGACCCUACUAUCGAGCGUAUUAUUACGCCUCGCCUUGCGCUUACCACGGCUGAGUAUUAUGCAUACCAGCUUGAGAAGCAUGUCUUGGUCAUUCUGACAGACAUGUCUUCUUACGCAGACGCACUGCGCGAGGUCUCCGCAGCUCGUGAAGAAGUGCCCGGUCGUCGCGGAUAUCCCGGUUACAUGUACACGGACUUGUCCACUAUCUAUGAACGUGCAGGACGUGUCGAAGGCCGGAACGGCUCUAUCACUCAGAUUCCUAUCUUGACCAUGCCUAACGAUGAUAUCACUCACCCGAUUCCAGAUCUUACCGGUUACAUCACCGAAGGUCAGAUCUUCGUUGACCGACAGCUGCACAACAGGCAAAUUUACCCUCCGAUCAACGUGCUCCCCUCACUGUCACGUCUGAUGAAGAGUGCUAUCGGCGAGAAACUUACGAGAAAGGAUCAUGGAGAUGUCUCGAACCAACUGUAUGCCAAGUACGCUAUUGGUAGGGAUGCUGCCGCAAUGAAGGCCGUCGUUGGUGAGGAAGCGCUCUCUGCUGAAGAUAAGCUUGCACUCGAAUUCCUCGACAAAUUCGAGCGUCAAUUCGUCGGACAAGGUCCUUAUGAGUCUCGUACGAUCUUUGAGUCACUCGACCUGGCGUGGUCACUUCUUCGCAUCUUCCCGAAGGAACAAUUGAACCGGAUUAAUCCCGAGAUCAUCGCCGAGUUCUAUGGCCGCAAGCCGACAAAGAAAGCUAGUCCGGAAGAAGAGCAGCAAGGACCCGCCGAGGAGAAACUUAUCGAUGCAUGAACAUUUCAAUAAUGUCCUCUGUAAAGGUCCUACUCAAUUGUAUAUACGCACCCUUCUCAAGUAAUGACACAACCGACGAUUUCUGCCCCUUCAUUCGCACAAUGAUGACACCAUUGUUUUUGCAACGUACAGUCGCUAUGGUGUUGAUGAUGUAUAUUGCCUUCUUGGUCGAGUUAGACUCAAUGGCGUUGAUAGUAUAGGAUCCGCAGUAUUUGCGCCUUCGUAGGACACCUGCUGUAGGAUGAAAGCCC